UACACACACCUACACGUGUACUCACACCUACACACGUGUACUCACACACCUAGACACCUAUAUACACGUGUACUCUCACAGCUACACAAUAUAUACACACACCUACACACGUGUACUCACACCUACACACGUGUACUCACACACCUAGACACCUACAUACACGUGUACUCUCACAGCUACACAAUACACACACACCUACACACGUGUACUCACACCUAGACACCUACAUACACGUGUACUCUCACAGCUACACAAUACACACACACACCUACACACGUGUACUCACACCUACACACGUGUACUCAUACACCUAGACACCUACAUACACGUGUACUCUCACAGCUACACAAUAUACACACACACCUACACACGUGUACUCACACCUAGACACCUACAUACACGUGUACUCUCACAGCCACACAAUAUACACACCUACACACGUGUACUCGCACACCUAGACACCUACAUACACGUGUACUCUCACAGCUACACAACACACACACACGUAUACUCACAUAGCUAGACACCUACAUACACGUGUACUCUCACAGCUACACAAUAUACACACACCUACACACGUGUACUCACACCUAGACACCUACAUACACGUGUACUCUCACAGCUACACAACACACACACACGCGCGCGUGCGUGCGCGACCCAUUCGCCAUGCUUCGCCGCGCCAGAAUCAGCGUGAAGCCGAACGUGCGUCUCAGCACGGGCCGGGCGGGACCCGGGACCAUCGAAGCAGGGAGCCGGGACCGCGGGGACCAGAAAGCCGAGGGAGCCGGGGAAGCUCCAGAGACCCAAGCCACCUCGCGGACACCACCAAGGCGGACCGCCGAGACGGACUCCUCCGAACACCGGCUACCGGAGGCGACUGCUGCUCCGGCCGCUGCGACUCCUGCUGCUGUUGCUUCUUCUACUAAACGCGUUGCUUCUCCUGCCGCUCCUGUUUCUUCUUCUGCUUCUACCACUGCUCCUUCAGUUGCACCUGUUGCUGAAGCUGGUGCCUCUACCGCUGCCGAUACUUCUGCUCUUGCUGCUUCCACUGCUGCAGCUGUUGCUGCUGAUGUAGUUGCAACGCCUUGUGCAUCUGUUGAUACCGACGCAGACGUUGUUACUUCAGCUGCACCACUCGCUUCUGUCACUCCACAUUCCAGCCCUUCGAUUGUUGCUGUACAUCCGACUCUCUCUGCUACUGCUGCUGCUGCUGCAGUACCUUCUGCAGACGUUGCAGAUUCAGCUGCAUCCAAUCCUGCCGCACAUUCUCCGCCAUCUGCCCAUACUGUCACUGCUCCACCUGUUGCUACUGUUAAUCUUCUUACCGAAACGAUUUCUGGACUUGCACCUACAUCUACUGCUGCAUGCAGCGCCGCGCGCUCUCAGCAGCACGCCACGGCAGGAGAUAACGAGCCAAUGCGUCCGGGCCCCGACUCCGAUUUGAUUUCCCCAUCUGCUGAUGCCUUCGGAGAAGCCACAACGUUGUCGAUUGCUGAUUCUGCUGCUGAUUCUGCGCGCCACCACCGCAGCGCCCGUGCUCCCGCCACUGCUGCUGCCGCCACCCCCUCAAAACCGGACGCUGGCGCCGUCGCCGGAAAGCUGCUGCCGCCGUCUCGCCGCAAGCGCCUGUUCGCCGCGCCGAUCAUCCCUCGCACCCGGGCAGCCGCUCAAGCUCCUGUUACAGCCGGUCCUGCCAAGAAACCACAGACCUCGCUUCCUGCCGAGGAUGGGACCGCCAGCAAGCUCGCCGCCGCAGCCACCGUCGAAGGACCUCGUGACCCGGGGGGAUCGUCGACCGGUGAGGCAUCCGGUGAAGCGUCGCCGGCAGUACCCGUCAAACCGCCUACCGGCGAGACGCAGUAUUCAUCGGUUAGCCCCUCUGGUGCGGAUGCAGCGGAGGCGGAGGGUGUGGAGGUGGACCAUGCGCAGGAGGUAUAUGAAAGGCCGCCAAUGGUGCCUGACUGGUGUGUGACGGAUGGCGAGACUCCUGGCCCGGUAACUUUAGCACAGCUUGGAGUGAGCGCUCAGGAACCGGCGAGCGGGACAGUGAAGUGUGCCGCUACUACCGGAGCCGAUGCCGAAACGCCACCGGUGGCGCAAUCGGCAGAGGUUUCCGGAGCUGCCGGGAGCACCGCAGCUUUGCCGGGCAGGCCGGCGGAGCCGAGCAGGAGUGAGAUUUCCAAGAAGCUGCUGGCGUCGCUGAAGAAGAGCCUGCUGAAGCCACCAGCAUUGUCGGCGAAGGCCACACCGGCGGGACCUGUUGACGACGACAACGAUGACGACUCCGGGAUGGCGCUGGUGACCGCGCAAGAUGGCUCGGCACGGCCUGGGACCGCCAGUGGUGCCGGUGGUGGUGGUGGUGGGGGAGGAGGGAGCGGGACCAAUGCUGGCAGGACCCAACCAAGGCCGAACUUUAAAAAGUCGUCGCGUACAGUGCAAAAGACAGCUCGGGAGCUGGCUGAGAAGACCGAGGCUAAAAAGGCUGCCCGCAAGCUGGCGUGGCGCACGUGGGAGCAGCACCAGUCGGCCCCCGACCGCUCGCAGAUGACGAUGAAGGACCUGCUCUACUGGGUGCCCAGAAACAACCCCAUGCUCCGCCUCAAGUCGGAGGAUGGGAAGCUGCUGCCGGAAAAGCGCUUCGACAAGUACCCCAAGGGCGAUCGGUCGGCGGCUCACGGCGACAGCGGCUCCCUCGAGCCGACUCCUCCUGACGGCCCCACCUCCCCGCCGCCGCCGCCGCCGCUGCCACCCCCGGAUUGUUCGGACGAUCCGGCUCCUUCCCCGAGCCCCACCGCCGCUCCCGCCGCCGGCGUCCCUGCUCCUCCGUCCGACGCCGCCGCUGCUGCCACCGCUGCCUCGAAGGCGUCUGUCCCGUCCAUCCCGUGCGCGCCGGCGUCGAGCGACUCGCCCGCGGAGGUUUCUCCGGCGGCGGAGGCGGCGCCGUCGCUAAGCUCCGCGGGCGACGCGCAGUCGCUGCUCGUGCCACAGGUCAGGGUCGCCGAGGAUGGCUCCAUUGUGCUCAACGAGGACAGCCUGAUGGUGGAGGUGUCGCGCACGGAGGGGCUGCCCCCCGUGUCGGACUGCGACCCCAUCCACGAGUACGGCUCCCACACCACCUACUCGAGCUUCCGCAAGAGCUACCACGCCAAGCAGUGGGGGCUCCUAGAGACCGAGCUGUUUUUCCUGGCCAUCAGCAUGGUGGGCAUGGACUUCUCCAUGAUUGGACAGCUCUUCCCCAACCGCUCUCGCGUUGACAUCAAGAACAAGUUCAAGCGCGAGGAGCGGUGCAAUCCUCGCAAGAUCGACCAGGCCUUCCGCAACAAGUUGCCGCUGGACGUGUCAUGCUUCGAGACGCUGCUGCAGGAGUUCGAGCGGCAGAAGACGGAAGCGCUCAACCGGGCGCCCGACUCGAAGGGCAGGCGGCGGCGCAAGUACCACCCAAAGAAGACGGGGCGACGCAGGAGCGACGUGGACAGCGACGGCGACGCCGACUGCUGGAGCGAGAGCGGCGGCGAGAGCGGGACCGGAGCGGCAGCCACCGAAACCCGAGCCAGAACCGUCGCCCACAGCGGAACGGAAAGAGCGAUCGGAGCGGCGGCUGCCACCCAAAACGGAAUCGGAAUGGAAAUCCGAACCGGGACGAGAACCGCCACCGAAACUCAAACGGGAACCGAAACGCCGACCGGAACGGCGACUCCAGGAACCGGAGAGUCCACGGCGGUCCCCGGGCCUCCGCCGCCCCCUCCCGCGCCCAGUGGCCUGGAGGAGGCGGAGCUGCUGCUGUCGCUGGGCUGCGAGAUCGCUCGCGGCGCCGGCGCCGGCGCGGGCGCGGGCGCGGGCGCGGAUGAGGGCUCCCCGGCGCCGGUACCGUCCCCCGAGUUCGUGGUGGAAUCGGCAGAACGCCGAGACGGGCGCAGUGGGGGUGACGAAGACAUUGACGACGAAGAAGAUUUUGAGCGUGUCAAAGAGAGAAUGUUGAGUCACCCGACGAGGUCCGGGCGCAGGCCCAAGCCCACGGCGUUCUACAGCACCGGCUCGGCGGGACCCGGCGGCGACACGCCGAUCAAGGAAGGGGGGGCGGCCAAGCGGCCGCGGCGACGCGAGGCCCAAGACCCCGCGGCCCCAGCGAAGCUCAAGCCGAGGCCCAGCACGCGUGGACGGAGGCCGCCGCCGCCAAUGAGGCCUCCUCGUAGGGACGCGACGGACACGGCGCCGGUGCUGGCGACUCGCGGUCGUGGGGGCCUGGUGACUCUGCGUGCCGUGCCCCCUCCCGAGGAGGAGGAGGAGGAGGAGGGGCGGGGUGGGGGGGACCGCGCCAGCGAGCGGCGCCACCGCGCCAGCGGCCUCGCGGCAGCGGCGGCGGCGACGCCGGCACCCCCCGUGAGGCCGGAACACAUGAGCUGCGCGCCAGCGUUCGUGCCGGUGUGCCUGCGCUCCCCCGAGCCGCAGCAGCUCACGGAGCACAUGGAGGAGCAGGUGGAGCUGUCGGAAGGCGACGCGAUGCUGGAGGAGCUGGUGGUGACGUGCGUGGAAGAGAUGGUGGUCGCCGAUGACGACGAUGGCCCGGAGGCGGCGGAGGAGUCCGUUAACCCCGGCAGUGACGCGCGCGGUCUGCAGGUCGAGCAGAACUGCGACGUCGUAAUCACUGACGACGAACACUUGAGGGUUAAUGAAGCGUUCGUGUACGAGAUGAUGGAGCAGGCGGGCUUCGGGAGCAUGCAGGACGCCUACGUGUCCUCGCAGGAGGUCGACGGGGGUGGCAGCGCUCCCACAAUGCUUUGCUUCAUGAUGUGCGAGGGCGCGGAGACCGGCGCGGCAUUCCGGCUGGCCGGGGGCGGGGACGGUGGUGACGCCGCGGGGGCGGCACCGGAGAUUGAGCGCCUCUCGCUCACCCCGGUGGUGGACGAUCGGGAGGGUCAGGAAGCCUCCACGCGGACGAACAACGCGAAGAGCGCGGCGCUGGAGGGCAGCGUUCCGCCCGGCGACUGGGAGGGGGCGGCACCCACCGUCUCGGAUGGUCACGCGACCUCGUGGGCAGCACCAGCGGGCGCGCCGAGCCCCGAGUGGCCUCUCGCCGCCGCAGCGCUCGACGCGGAUGGCAACUCGGCCGAGCGACACGCCGCUGAGGCCGCGCCGGGCUCGCCGGAAACACCGGACAUCUUGUCGAGGGAGGCCCCGAGCGGCGCGAGCGGCGGCCUCCUGACCCCCGAGCCGGGCCGCGACGCCGUCAAAGAGGAGGGGGGUUCGGUCGCCGAGCCGGCCGAGCCCACGGUCCCAACCGUGCCGGUGGCCCAAAUGACCGUGUCAGUUUUAACCGAGGCGGCUGGCUCUGGGGUCGCGGUCGACGACGACGGCGGCCAGGACGAUCUGGUGCAACUGCCGGCAACCGCGAGCGCCGGCAAUGCAGGCACGGUACCGCGGCCCAGGAGGCCUCGUUCCGAAAUGGCGGACGGCCCCCCGGCGAAACGGCACGCCGCGGAGGCCACGCCGGGCCCGCCGGAAGCUCCGGACGUCCCGUCGAGAGAAUCCGCAAGCGCCUCCGACGACCUCCUGACCCCCGAGUUGGGCCGCGGCACCGGCGAAGACGAGGUGCCGGUCGCAGAACCGGCCGAACCCACCGUCUCACCGGCGCCGCCCGGUUCAACCGAGGCGCCGGCUGCUGACGACGACGGACAGUCCGAUUCGGCGCGGCCGCAGCCAACUCGGAGCGCCGGCGACGCCAAGAAGGGCGGCGCCGACGUGGCGCCGCCGGCCAGGAGGGCGCGCUUCGCCAAGCCCAGGCCGAACCUCGCCGCGUGCAGCGCGCGCCGGCCAGCGGGGCCGGCCGGCGCGUCCAAGCCGGCGCAGGUCGGCCCGCUGGGAGCGGUGAAGUGAAUCCGGCACGUGGACAAAGUCGAUGCGGAGACGUUGGGACGCUGGCGCCCAGGAAGGGAUCGGCGGAGCGGCUUCUUCUCAGUCGGCAUCGGCACCCGAGGUCUGAGCCGGCUCGGUUAGCGGAGUCGCUGGCGGGGUCGGCGGCGGGGGGGGGGGGGGGCUGUGGACGGGAAGGCCGGAGCCGGCGGAGUAGAAGGAGACGCGAUCGUGAACCUCGUGUUCUCAUGCCACUCUCGUCAAUGCGCACACACGCACACACACACGCACGUACACACGUGUGCACGCGCGAACGGCGGCGAGCGGACUUUAAAUUGUCGGUGCGCGGCUCGUGUUUGUGUGUUUUUUUUUUCCCCUUCCCAAGCUUUGAUUUUUUUUUUACGAUAAUUUUCACGGAACGUGUACCGCCCCUUGCCGCCGUGGUGUCGUCAGAUGGAUGCAGUGACCGCUCGGAGGUCUCGCGGUGGAGGGAAAAAAAAAACUGUUCCGGAACUACUUCUGAGCUCCCCUUGACAUUUCGUCGUAUCCACGCUUAACGUCGGUGCGCCUACUUGCACGCUCUGCCCCCACACGGCAAACCGGAAAUGCCGUGAUCCUCGUACUAUCUGGAAAUAUGCCAAAAUAAGUGAAAACCAAACCGCGGUGGCCGUGCUUCAAUGUGUGUUUGAGCAGUCGUCGGUAACCGGGCUGAGACCAAUCGGCUCACCGCACUCUCCGUCUCUCCGUCUCUCCGUCUUGAAGCCCGAACUUGAGCCCAGGAUCCUCGGCGGUGCCGGCUCCGUGUCCGUGACGCGCGAUGGCCGCGGUGAGCCGCGCCACCGCCUCCAGCCGCGUUCCCUCUCCCCGCGAACCACGAUUGAUCGAUUGCAUUUGGCGUGGUUGUGUACCAACGUGCGCGCGCCAGUUUGCCCCGUGUGGAUGCAGGACUACGUGUGCGGUUUGUUGGCAUGAGAGGGCAGUACCAGCAAAAUCCAUAAUUAUACUGUACUUCUAUGCUCCCCUCCCCACCCCACCCCCCCCCCCCACUGCCUUAGGCACACACUGACCAGCAUAGUGAAGUAUGGUCAAACGACUCCCAGGACCUGUACGCCCGUCUGGCAGUGAAUUGAUGACACGGACUGUCCGUGUGCACGCAGUGUACGUGUAUCGCACGCACAAUCGUUUGGCUCAUUGAGGCCCUCCCGUGUGGCAGACGAAGUGAGUUUCAAGAGAAGCGUUUUUUAAGGAGUUGUGAGUUUGUUGUUCCAGAACUAUUUUAGACACAUUGACAUUAUAGAGAAAAACAAAACAUCGUAUUUAUAAAGUCUCCGCGCGUCUCUCCUACCAAUCUCAACACAGUUCGGGCCGCGGCAGAAUUCAGUACCACAGGUGUUUGCAAAUUAAUUUGACAGAUGGGCUAUUGCAUAAUUCUUAUCCAUUGGCGAUUUAAAGUCGAGUUUUUUUUUUGGUAGCGACAGGUAAAAUAUUUGGCCUGGCCUCGUACUAAGUUAUUCAAUCUUCUAACUCUCUCCCCCCUGUAAGACCUGGCUGGAGCCAUUGCUUUUAAAAUGUUCAGCCGGAUGUUGGGAAGUCACGGAGGUGCAUUAUAAAUCAGUGGGGCGUCUGGAAGUGAUCAUUCUGGGUUUUAUUGGAGUCGUUUCCAGUGUGUUCAGGAAAGCCUCGAGUGAGUCUCAAGAAUUUCAAGAGGGGUCUUUCUUUUGUAACGUUGGGCCAAUUCCUUGUUUACUAUUUUAGUUUUUCACCUUGCGCAAAAAAAUUACUUGGGAAGAGCAGUAGGCCGGUGGGUUAGCAAACCCGCGCGAUGAACUCGGCGAGCCGGAGUUGGAUUCCCGGCCACGGCUAACGUCACCAGUCCUCGGCUUACUACCCCGCUCCCCACCCUCGCACAAACCAGCGUGGUGAAGUAUGAUCGAUCAACCACCUCAGCUGACGCGGUGUAGGGGGGUCUUCAUCCAGCAGUGAUUUUACAAAGGCUGGAAGUUAUAUAUUAUUGCUAUCUUACGCGAAUUAUAGGAAGAAAAAUGAUCAUUUCAGGCUGCACCAAGGAGAGGGGAGGUUUGGAGACCGAUCCAGUGGUGAUUCCGACAGUGUUUUUCGUUUUGCAAAAUCUUUUUAAUUGCUAAUUUAUUGUCGCUUUCGUUAUUUAAUUCGGCGUCGAGGAGUUGCCGUGUCGCGUUGCCGACCGAUGUUGCAUGGCGAAGGCCUCCUUUGUUGUUCCUGGCGCCGCCUGUCCCCAUCUUCACGCUCUCAUCACCACGCCCUGUGCCGUCUUGUCGCUGCUGAAGGGAAGACGCGACGACUCGCGACUCUUUUUGCCACCGCAGAACGCGAGCCGUGCCGCCUACGUCGGGACUUUCUGAACGGACAUUGCCUCAGUCCGUGGGCUGAAUAACGCAGCGUACGACGGAGAGUUUUUAACCCCCCCCCCCCAAACCACACCUGGCCCUGCUUGGCCCCAGACCAGAUUGCAUGCAUCUUGCGAGGCCCCCCCCCCCCCCAGCGUAUGACGCUUUGGUGCUGGCUUGGCUUGGUAAAUAGGCAGUGGAAAACCACCCGUACCGCGAGGGGGGCCCCCCGUCUCUGGCUCCGAGGCAUGUGGCUACGGUGGUGUAAGAUCACAAGCGCGUUGUGUAGCGGUGCUGCUACGCUGGGGCCCACGGGGCCGGAUGGGGCCCAACGAGGAGCAGAGGAUCAGGCCUCAUUUCCUUGCACCGGGGGCCCACGUGUGUGCCCCUUUGCAUGAAGGGUAAUUUCAUGAACCGGCUAUUGUAGAAACGCGUCCACAGGUUGAAAUGUUUUCCAGUGUUGCUGGAUAAUCGAGAAGGGAAAAAAAAAUAAUCGCUUGGCACGACGUCUGACGUUUCGCUGCCACAACCGCGUCCCCGAAGAUCCUCUCGAUGUGCGGCUUGACCCGUACGCGCUCCGGCGAACCGCGGAGCACUACCGUGAAAUAGUUGUAAAAAGAAUAAAUCACUUCAUUCGAUUUAGAAAAUAACCACUGGCGUUGUUAGAUCUGACACUUGAUUAAUCCGGCCUUAAACAAGCUUAUUUUGUUGUGUUAACUUGAGUAUUAUACGUGUUUGAUUUUUAGUGUUUUUAAAUUUGCGGUGCCAUUCGUGGAGAUGUGCGCCGUUAACUUAUUUAAACAAAUUUUAUGCUGCCACUAAUGUUAAAGCACCGGAUUCUUAACAAUGGAGAUUUUACAGAUGUUUGAGAAACGUCAGCUCCGAAGUUACGCUCGGGAUUUAUCAAAAAAAUCUUUGUAUGUUUUUGUACAAAAUACGGAAUAUGUACAGCGCAAAUCAAAAGUGCUCACUGCCUAUGUUAAUAAAUCUUGCUUGUAAUGUU